AGUAGCUUAAGUUAGAUACACAACUAAUUACCCCAGUUUCUCCAUUGAUCGGGCACAUGUUUGUAUGCAAGGAGCUCUCCUCACCUGGUCCUGAGAGACCCACCAGACAUCCAAAAUAGAUCAGGAGGAAUGAAGUGAAAUUGCAGCUAUGGGUGUUGAAUACUCCCUCUCCUUGUGGGGAAUGACUCUGUUAAUCCUGUCAGGCGUCUAUGGUAGUGAUUGGGCUGUGUCGUAUCCACGAAGAACCAUUUGCACUGUGAGAGGCUCCUCUGUGAUCAUUCGUUGUUCAUAUAACUAUCCUAAGGAAUUUACUGUGCAUUCUCAAAGUGUUCAACACAAAGUGACAACUGUGAUGUGGUGUAAGACUAAUACGACCUGUAAUGAGAACAUAUCUAUUUAUAACAGUGACAAUGAGCCAUUCAGGCAAAAAAUAGUGUAUCUGGGAAAUAAACAGAAGAACUGCACUUUAAUGAUAAACGAUGUGGAAGAAAUUGACAAUGGAAGGUAUAAAUUCAGAUUUCAAACCAAUAAUCCUGGAGGUCAAUGGACUGGUAAUCCUGGAGUGACUCUUACUGUAUCUGCAACACCCUGGAAGGUUAAAGCAAAUUCAACAAGAAAAAAAGACACCUUCAAAGAAGGAGACAGUGUGACUCUGAUGUGUCACACAGGGAGCUGCUUUCCUACAACGACAGAGCUCACCUGGUUUAAGAACGGUCAGCCCAUCUCAAACAGGCAGACAACAGCAAACACACUGCACUUUAAUAGUGUUUCCUAUGAAGACUAUGGAAACUACUCCUGUGCUUCAAAAGCUAACACAAGUAUAUCAUCUCCACAGUUCUCUCUUGAUGUUAAAUAUUCUCCAAAGAGCACCUCUGUAUCAGUCAGUCCCUCUGGUCAAAUACUGGAAGGCAGUUCUGUCACUCUGACCUGCAGGAGCAAUGCAAACCCACCAGUGAAAAAUUACAUCUGGUUCAAGAUGAGUAGUGCUGGUGUCCAGGAAACAGGACAAGGGCAGAAUUUAACCCUUGCUGAGGUUAGCUCUGGAGACAGUGGACAUUACUUCUGUGGAGCACAAAACAAGCAUGGUGCUGAAAAUUCUACAGCUGUAGUUCUUGCUGUUGCAGCCAAACAAAACCCAGCAGUGCUUCCAGUUGUGUUGGUAGUCAUAUUACUGAGCAUUUCUGCUCUUGUGAGUUACAUAUGUUUGAAAAGAAAAAGGGUUGAUCCUUCUGAAGAGGAGAGCAACAGGAACACAGACACUGAGGAAACUAAAGACCACACAUACGGCAAUAUGGUACCGUCGCACAACCCAAAGAGAACACAGGAGCAGAGUGUGAAUGAAGAGGAUGAUGUCAAUUACUCAACAGUCCACUUUCUGUCGAAGACAACACCCAGAAACGAACUCCCUUUCGAAGAGACGGAAGAUGCCUCAGUUCUGUAUAGUAUAGUGCGGACGUGAACGAGACACUCAGGAGAAACCGUUUACAGCGACUUCCUUCGGAGACUGAAAGCUACGUCACGCCCACUCGGUCACAUGACCCAUCUGCUGGCUCGACGGGUUGAUUCGCCAUCCUGAGGCCGAGGUCGGGUAGACGAUGUUCCACAACACCAACUAAACUGAGGAGAUACUAAUUAUAAUAGGAUUCAGCUUCAGUCAGUCUCCUUUUCCUGGAGCUUAACCGUUUCGCCUUCCAACAAAAAUUGAUACAACUGUUGUGAACCUUGUAGCUGAAGGAUGAGGAUGGGAAUUUAUAAGGAUGCAAAGAAAAAUGGAAAGUUAAAACCGGGAUACCCACAAUAAGGUGGAAACUUUCACAACUGUAGCGGUCUGCAUAAAUUAUCUUAAAUUUUCACUUAUUAUUUAUCAUUCACUUAUUAUUUCUACUUAAAGGCUUCUUUAGAUUAAUGUGCUGCAGAACUUUUUUUUUACACUAGUGUCAUAAAUUAGGAAUAAAAAAUGUCUCAGUUAAAAACGUAGUUUGAAAAGUUAAAGCAGUCCACCGAUUUCUGUUAAGAACAUAACAGGGAUAUGAGAUUUCUCCAAAUGAUCUCCCUUUAUCUAAGGUUAAGUGUUCAACUUGAGGGACAAUGUUUUAUUUGUUUUAAACAUUUUUUGUGCAUUGUUUAGCUGCUCCAUUGUUGCAUUUUUGAUGGAUGUAAUAGUUUUUCUUCCCCCAUCGUUCAAAUGAUUUUUAAAUAAAACUCAGUUGCUAAAUACCCAGUAGAUACUCGCA